GUUACAAAAUGCUACCUGUUUUCGUUUAGUAUGCACGGUUGAACGGAAAAUUUUCACCAUGAAUGAACAAUCAUUUUUUCAAUGGGAUUUGGUCCGCCAGCCUCUUCAGGGUCAAGCCUUUGGCAUGGGGGCAUCCCUUCUUGAUUUCAGCAUCCUGGAGUUAAGAAAGGAAAAAUCACGGGAUGCUGCCAGAUCAAGGCGAGGAAAAGAAAAUUAUGAAUUUUAUGAACUUGCAAAGUUAUUGCCAUUGCCUGCUGCAAUCACAAGUCAACUGGACAAAGCAUCGAUCAUCCGUCUGUCUAUAAGUUACCUCAAAUUACGUGAAUUUUCUAAUCAUGGUGAUCCACCUUGGAACAGAGAUGCUUUACCAAAUAAUAAAACUUUAAAAGGGCAUGGCAGACGACGGAACUUGACCAGUGUAGAUUUGAUUGAAAGCCAUCAGGGGACACAUAUAUUACAGUCUCUGGAUGGUUUUGCCUUUGCUCUUGGAAGUGAUGGAAGAUUUUUGUACAUAUCAGAAACUGUCUCAAUAUACCUUGGGCUUUCACAAGUUGAGAUGACUGGUAGCAGUAUUUUUGACUAUGUUCAUCAUGCAGACCACAAUGAACUUGCUGAAUAUCUUGGCUUAGGCUUUCAAAACGUAGUCAGUAAUGCUCCAUCACCAGGCUCUACAUCAGAUGAGGGAUCAGCACCUUCAACACCUCGUCCAAUGUCUCCAUCCAAUCCUGAUAGAGUUGCCUAUAUGAUACCAAAUCCUGACAAACCACUAGAAAGAACGUUUUGUUUGAGAAUGAAAUCUACCCUGACAAAAAGAGGUGUUCAUGUCAGAACUUCUGGAUAUAGGGUGGUAUAUGUAACUGCCCAUUUUCGUCCCCAGAUGUGUUUUAACCUGAACAGAAAAUCUACAACACAGUAUUUAGGAUUGGUUGGCAUUGCUAUAGCACUACCCCCUCCCACCAUCACAGAACUCAGGAUAGAAAGUGACACAUUCAUAAUGAGGCUAUCUCCAAACUUAAAAAUCCUAUACUGUGAUACAAUGAUAACAGAGUUAACAGAUUGGAAUAGUGAUGAUGCCAAUAACAGAAUGUUCUAUGAUUUCUGUCACGCUGGAGAUGUUAUCAGAAUACUCAAACAUCAUGAAGAUUUAAUGCGUAAAGGCCAAGUUCUGACAGAUUACUUCAGAUUUAUGAACAAGAAUGGUGGAUAUGUAUGGGUACAGAUGUGUGCUACCACAUUGUUUAGUUCCAAAACAUCUGAUGAUCAUACCAUCCUUGCCAUUAUAUAUGUACUAAGCGGAAUACUUCAUCGAGGCUGUGUAAUGGAUCAGAAUCAAACAUCAGGACCUAUAAGACAUUUAGACACAGAUCAGUCAGAACAUCAAAGUGAACAUGGAUCUGACAUAGGUGAAGCCAAGUCUGACACAUUAACUUGCCAUAAGUCUCCUACACAUGACCCCUGGGAUACAAGUGUUACUUCUUCUACAUCCCAGCCAGUAGAAAACUUACAAAACUCACCUGAUGAACUGGACAACAUUGACCUUGAUAAAGGUCAAACUGAACAUUGUUUGACACCUGAUGAUUUGAUUGACUGUCAAGAGGAAGCUGCUAGAAUUAUUUCAGACAAUUUACAUGACAAAAUAAGUGUAAACAAAACAGAUUUCAAAUAUUCUAGACGAAAAACUGAAAAGCCAAGAAAAAGAAAACGAGACUACAGUGUUGAUCAAGAUGAUGUUGAUGGACAUUGUACAAUAUCAUUGAUAAAUAGUCAUUUAAGUCAUGAAGAUAAAAGUGAACGAUGCAGCUCCACUUCAAAUGUAAGUAAUCACAACGAAGACUAUGAAAUGUCUGAAAAUAGUGACAAUACAUUGUAUUCUGUGACAGAAGAUUUAUCAAGACGAUCUUCAAAUACUCAUAUCCGGGAAGAAAACCAGUCUGAAUUAGGCUGGCAAAAUUUGGAUGACAUAAACCACAAUUCAGUAGCUAGUUCUGUUAAGGAUUUGGAGGAUGUAAUGAAUCGUCAUUUACCCGUUACUGGUAUUGAUAAUGGAAUGAAGUCUCCUACUGAUCUCACAGUGCAGCAAAUAGGUGGUGCUAUGAAUAGACAAAGGUCUGCCAUUCAAUGGGCUGGAAAUAGUCAUGAUAGUAGUACACUUCCAGCAUCAAACUUGUUGCGAACUUUAUAUGCCAACCGGGAGUCUGUUAUCCGUAGUAACACCCGUCCAUCAUAUGUGAAUAAUGAUCCAGUGAACUUAUUGACCCCACCAGAAAAUGAGGGUCAUAAAGACCAUUUGACCUUACAUAUCCCACACAUAGUCAUUAGUAAAAGUACAGCUUUGCCAUCAUAUUCUGGCUCUACCGUCUCGUGUAGUCUGCAAGAUACAUUUGACAUUACACCGCCAGCAUCUGUGUCACCAAAUGAUAAAAUUCCCUCACAUUUAUAUGAUGGACACUAUGAACAUAGUGUUGCCAGUUCAAGUUUGGCAGCACCAAUUCCAGUGAAAUCACAAGCAUUUUCACUGUCAUUUGUUUCUCCUAGUCCAGACUAUAAUAACGGAACAAAAAUACAUCCUGCAUCAUAUCAAGUUGGUGAGCACCCACCAUUCAUAUAUGGCGGAAAUAGUACCUCUGGAGUUAUAUAUGACUCUUGGUAUUGAAAUUUACUAAAAUUACUUAAAUUUAUUUCUUCUUUUAUUUAAACUUGUCUAUUUCUAUGUUUUCAGUAUACUCUAUACAGAAAUGAAAGGUUUAGAAAGUAAAAGAAAAAUCAGCUCAAAUCUGUGAAAUAAAAGAAGAAUAAAAUUUUGAGAAGAUUUUUUAUUUCUAAGCAGUAUUUAAAUGUUUUGUUAUAUAUUUGUGACUUUUACUUAGUAAAACUGAGUUAUUAAUUUUGUAUGUAAUACGUUUAAUAAAUUUUAUUCUUACUGAGAGGGUUUGCCAUAGCAAACUUACUAGUAAGAAUCUAAAAAUUGAUAAUAGUCUGUAAAUGCAUUGAAACUUGUAUUCAUUGAUGUACUUUUGAAAAUAGUCCCUCAUGGAUUACAUGCUUGAGAAGUCUAUUUUUGUUUUGCCAAGGGUACACCAGAUCAUAAAGUUUACUAAAUUCAGAUAUAUGUAGACAACUGUUUAAAGUUGAACUUUGUUUGAUUUUUAACUUUGUUUUCCUGUCAAAAAAAACCAAUUAUUGCUUUUGGGUAGUUUGAAGGAUGGGCAAGAUUGAAGUUACAAACCAUGGGAUUAAUUGAGAACCAUUAAACUAAUCCUUUUCAAAUUUUAAUAUGGUGUUUCUGAUGACAAAAUAGAGGUAAAAUUCUCUGUUGCUGUAAAUGAGUUAUGGUCCUUGAUUGAUUUAAAAACUGUGCUUUAUGUCCUUUCCAAGUAAUAACAUAAGAACUCUUUAACCAAUCCUUUUCAAAUUUUAAUACAUUGUUUAGAGGACAAGGGAGCUCAAAUUUGAUUCUUGCAAGUUUCACUUAUGGUUUUCUGAAGUUAUGUUCCUCUUUCUCCUGAUUGCUUCAUCAGUGACACUCAUAAAUGUAAAGGUACCCUGUUUGCUGUCAAACUCUUGUUGAUAUUUAUUCCAAUAUGAGUUCUCCAUUUAAAUAUCUUGAAAAAAGAACCCUUUUUUUCAGCAUACUUUGUAUUGUGUUUUUUGAUAUACUGUGUAGGAAGAGGAUGUGAAAUUAUAUAUGUAUUGCAUGUGAAGCGAUUAUUAUUUAUGACAAAAGAUCUGGUUUUAGAAAGUUAUAUGAAAAGAAAUAAAAAAUUGAAAAAAAAGAAAAUAUGCAUGGAUGUUGCAAUAUGAUUAACUACCAAAUCUAAGGAAAUUCAUUCAUGUCAAGUUGGAGUUACAUCUAAAAUUAACACAACUGUAAAUUAAUUAAAAUUUAUAACAUGUGAUUUUUUUAUCUUUGAAUACACCAUUAUCUACCUGUAUAUUUGUAAAAUUUCUUAAAGAUUUGGACCACCCUUGAACACAAGCUUCUUUAAUUACAAACUAAUUUUUUUUAUGUAAAAAAUGUUAAGCUCAUCCUGCAUGAGCCUCACACUUGGAUUCCAUCAUCAGUUGUUCUAUUUAUGAUUCUUGUAUAAACUUUUCCAUUUUUGAUUUUUUUUCUCUCAGAUACCACAGUACAAAUUGAAACAAAAUUUGAUCAUAAUCUGUUUAGGGUGUCUAGUUUAAAAAUACGUCCAGUGUUCCAGAUAAUCAGCCAAUGUGACUGUUGUUGCAAAAACACAGAACACUAGGGUAAAAUAGAUUGAUUUGUUAUAUGCAGCUAUUUUUUAGUUGAAAGUGAAAUAAUUCAUAAUUAGCUACAAAUUUGUAAUAGUGAAUCUAGUUUUACCUAUUAUGACUGCCUAAGCUGAUACAUGGGUUAUAUGAACUGAAAUGUGUAAGAAGAAAUUGUAAAUCACAUGUAAGUUUUAAUCCAGUGUAAUCACUAAGAGAAUUUCAUGAACAUGGCAUUUUUCUGCUCUGUUGUCAGUCUUCCUUGACAUAUAGUUGUAGGAUAACUUUUUUAUAUGAGUAGUUACAUAUCAUAUUUUGAGCUUGAUUUUAUUUUAUCGACUUUUGAUUGCUCAGUUUUUAUACAUAUUAGUGCUGAUAUUUGAUACUUGAUUGAAUAAUUGCAGAUAACGUAUACAUUUUUAUCAAUUUGACCAACUUUUACUCAAUUAUUACACUUGGACUUCAAUAUAAAUAUGAUGGCUCCUUAAAAGCUUGUCUCAGAUAGUGAAAUAGUGGUAUCAAGUCUUAUUUCAAUUUGCCAUUCUCUGUAAUGUUCUACUUACUGUUUGCACAAUAGAUACAAUACAUACAAUGUAUACUGUAUUUGCCAUUUUUGGUAGUAGCUCACCGUUCAUUAUAUAAGGUGUGGAAUGAUUUAUCUUUUUCUUUUUUUCUGGUAGAUAUGAAUUUAUACCCUCAAAUUAUAUUAUAAAAUACUUUUUUUCUCUCUCCAAUCUGCCUAUGAGUGAAUGAGCUGUUGGAUUUCCUCUGGUUUAAAUCCUUUUGUCUUUCAUUUUACACUCAAAACAACAGAUUUCAUACUGUUGAAAGUAGGGUGUUUCUGGAUGUACACUCUAUAUAUCCUUCAUAAGAUUGAGAAACACUAAAACUGAUAAACCAUCCAGGAAGUAUUAACAUUGAUCUGUAUGUGGAUGCUGUUUCAACCAAAAAAUUAUUGUUACUGGUACCUUGAAAAUUUUAUUUGAUAGAAGUUUGCUCAUAGCAGCACAGUUUACAAUAGUGUUAUUUCUGCCAAGAGAAUAAUGGUAGAAAUUAAUACUGUAAAUUCAGAAAUUAUUGUGUCCAUUUAUUAUUGCGAUUUUUGAAGAGUGGAUAAAAAUGAGAGAUAAAUUAUUGUGAUUUCAGGAAAAUCUGCAUUAAGAUACAUGUAUCAGACAUCAGAAUGCGAGGUCUUAUUAUUGUGAUACUCACACAGUGGCAUUAUUCACAUUAAUAAAAAACUCUCAAUAAUUUCUGAAUUUACAGUAUAGUUGAACAAUGAAAACCAUAGUAAAUGACAUGUUUAUUUUAACAGUAUUGUUGUUGUUUUUUUUACCAAUAUAAUUGGUUUUGUAUGAUUGUUAUCAUGUACCUCAUUAUGAGUCUAAAAUGAAUGUUAUAGAUUUGUUAGCUGAAUGUCAUUACAAUGAAUGUUGCUUUAUUGUCAUCAACAUUAAAAAAAUACAUUUCCUUGUGA